UACCGUAAAGUGUUAUGUACAGCGGCAGGUUCGAACGUGCAUUUACUGUAUGAAUUUUCUUGCUUUGUAAUUAAUGGUAUACUAAGAGGCUCAGGGCAUGGGAAAACUAUGGCAGCUUCAUCGAUUGAUUUAGACUCGCCUGAUUUGUGUCUUAUCGACUGCGGUAUAUCUAGUCUUCAAGAACUUCCAUUGAAAUCGCAUCUUGUUUCCUUGAAUCUGCACAGCAAUUACAUCAGUCAUAUAGAUAGUCUUGGUCAUCUCAAGCUUCUGAAGCAUCUAGAUUUGUCUGCUAACCAGAUCCGUGUUAUUGAAGGGCUUGCUGGAUUGACUUCUUUGAAGACAUUGAAUUUGUCCUGCAAUUUGUUGAGCACUGUUGAAGGGUUGUCAAACCUUAGACAUUUAGAGAAAAUUAACCUGAGUUACAAUCAAAUAGAUGACCUCACUGGUUUGAAGGCGUUGUCAGGGUCGUCAUACAGCGUGUCACAUAUAGAUCUCCAUGGUAACAAGCUGUCCUCAGUGGCACACAUAGCACAGUGUCUGUGUCGACUCGUUGGUUUAAAACAGCUGAUUCUCAGUCUAGACGGAUCUAGCAAUCCAGUGUGUCAUAAAUCAGGCUAUGAGCGUGAAUUAAUGUCAAAUUUACCACAGCUGCAUUAUCUAGAUGGCAGGGAUCGGCUUGGAAACACUCAAUCUGACACCGAUAUGAAUGCUCCAGGUUUGGAUGACUUUUUAGAUUAUUUGCUUUCAAGUGGAGCAGAUUCUGAAACUCU